CUGGCAACGGAGAGGUGGAGUGAUGUAGUGGGGUCCGAGCACACCCCGCGACGAGAACAAAGGAACAUUGUAGCCCCGGUUAACGAUCACUGUUUUAAUAGCUCCUACACAUCUGCCUGCACUCUACACUGUUGCUGGGUGCCGAGGGCGCGGUGCAUCGCCGGCCGGGGGGAGGGGGGGGGUGAGGGAGAAGGACAGCUAUUUGUGGAGGACGGGAGAGAGAGAGAGACGGAAACACCUGCCGCUGGUGGCUGGAGGACACUCACAGCGGAUCAGCUGAUCAGAGGACUGGUGCGGGGGGGGGGUGCAGACUUAGCGAGGCUUAUAGUUACAGUACAGUCCGUCAUUCUGGUGGAGGAACCACUCCGAGGAGGUCGGGGCAGCAUGAGACAGCAGGAGUCAGGACGAUUACACGUUAUAUUGUUAUUAAAACACAAUAAAAGGAAGACGUUACACUGA